CCCGUCUUUUCGUCUCCGCUUGCCUCAAAUCUCGCGAGAGGUCCAAGCCGGAGGCCCGGGCCAACAUGGCGGAAGAAGAAGUGGCCAAACUAGAGAAACACUUGAAGCUUCUCCGUCAGGAAUAUGUCAAGUUGCAGAAGAAGCUUACCGAGACGGAGAGAAGGUGCACCCUCCUGGCUGCUCAGUCGAACAAAGAGAUUGCCAGUGACUCCUUCAUCAGUCGGCUGCUUGCCAUUGUAGCUGAGUUGUAUGAGCAGGACCAAUACAGUGACCUGAAGAUAAAGGUUGGAGACAAGUAUAUCAGCGCUCACAAAUUUGUAUUGGCAGCUCGCAGCGAGGCUUGGAGUCUGGCCAACCUGGUGUCGACCGAGGAGCUGGAUCUGUCAGAUGCUGACCCCGAGGUAACCAUGGCGAUGCUGCGCUGGAUCUAUACAGAUGAGCUGGAGCUGAGAGAAGAUGAUGUGUUCCUGACAGAGCUGAUGAAACUAGCAAACAGGUUUCAGCUGCAACUCCUCCGGGAAAGGUGUGAAAAGGGAGUUAUGUCGCUAGUUAACGUCAGAAACUGCAUCCGCUUUUAUCAAACUGCUGAGGAGCUGAAUGCUACCACUCUAAUGAACUAUUGUGCUGAAAUCAUUGCCAGUCACUGGGAUGACUUGAGGAAAGAGGACUUCAGCAGCAUGAGCGCUCAGCUCUUGUACAAGAUGAUCAAAUCCAAAACAGAAUUUCCUCUGCACAAAGCCAUUAAAGUGGAGAGGGAAGAUGUUGUGUUCCUGUACCUUAUCGAAAUGGAUUCACAGCUGCCUGGUAAGCUCAACGAGCUCGAUCAUAACGGCGACCUGGCUUUAGAUUUGGUGCUCUCUCGAAGACUGGAAAGCAUUGCGACCACCCUGGUCAGUCACAAAGCGGAUGUUGACAUGGUGGACAAGAAGGGUUGGAGUCUGUUGCAUAAAGCUAUUCAGAGGGGUGAUAAGUUUGCAGCUAACUUCCUUGUUAAGAACGGUGCCCGGGUGAAUGCUGCAACCCUGGGAGACCAGGAGACUCCCCUGCACUUGGUGGCUUCCUACAACCCCAAGAAGCACACGCCGGACGUGAUGGCGGAGAUGGCGCAGAUUGCAGAGUGCCUCUUAAAGGCAGGAGCCAAUCCGAACAUGCAAGACAGCCAAGGAAGGACUCCAUUGCAUGCCUCCAUUAUUGUGAGGAACGACCAUGUAUUUAGCCAGCUGCUCCAGUGCAAACAGCUUGAUUUGGAACUGAAGGACCACGAGGGAAGCACUGCUCUGUGGCUUGCGGUUCAGUACAUCACCGUCUCUUCAGAUCCAUCUGUAAACCCCUUUGAGGAUGCCCCGGUGGAGAACGGCACCUCCUUUGAUGAGAAUAGCUUUGCAGCCAGGCUUAUCCAGCGUGGCAGCAACACGGAUGCACCUGAUACUGUAACGGGAAUCAGCUUGCUGCAGAGGGCAGCAGGGGCAGGAAACGAGGCUGCAGCGCUCUUCUUGGCGACACACGGUGCCAAAGUCAACCACAGGGACAAAUGGGGAGAAACUCCACUGCACACAGCCUGUCGACAUGGUCUGGCCAACCUCACAGCAGAGUUGUUGCAGCAAGGAGCUAACCCCAACAUCCAGACAGAGAAAGCGGUGCCUGCCCAGAAAGGAGCAAAUGUCCCCAACGUAGCAGAUAAUGUCUAUUUGCAGACGCCCCUUCACAUGGCAAUAGCGUAUAACCACCCAGAUGUGGUGUCAGUCAUACUGGAACAAAAAGCGAACGCCCUUCAUGCCACCAACAACUUUCAGAUCAUUCCUGACUUCAGCCUCAAGGACUCCAGAGACCAAACAGUAUUGGGGUUGGCAUUAUGGACAGGCAUGCACAUCAUAGCAGCUCAGCUCCUUGGAUCUGGGGCCUCCAUCAACGACACCAUGUCAGAUGGGCAGACGCUGUUGCACAUGGCAAUCCAGAGGCAGGACAGCAAGAGUGCGCUCUUCCUGCUGGAGCACCAAGCCGAUAUAAAUGUCAGGACGCAGGAUGGAGAGACAGCCCUUCAGCUGGCCAUCAAAAACCAGCUUCCGCUUGUGGUCGACGCAAUCUGCACAAGGGGAGCAGACAUGUCCGUGCCGGAUGACAAAGGCAACCCUCCGCUCUGGCUUGCUCUUGAGAACAACCUGGAAGAUAUCGCCUCGACUCUGGUGAGACAUGGUUGUGAUGCAACUUGCUGGGGUCCAGGGCCAGGGGGAUGUUUACAGACCCUCCUUCAUAGAGCCAUCGACGAGAACGAUGAACAGAUCUCCUGCUUCCUUAUCCGCAGCGGCUGUGAUGUCAACAGCCCAAGGCAGCCGGGUGCCAACGGAGAGGGGGACGAGGAGGCCCACGAUGGACAGUCACCUUUGCACUUGGCAGCAUCUUGGGGCCUUGAAGAGGUGGUGCAGUGCCUUCUAGAGUUUGGUGCCAAUGUCAAUGCACAGGAUGCAGAAGGAAGAACACCCAUCCACGUUGCUAUCAUCAAUCAGCAUGCCGUCAUCAUCCAGCUGAUGAUCUCUCACCCCGAUAUCCAUCUCAACCUACGUGACCGGCAAGGCAUGACCCCUUUUGCAUGUGCAAUGACUUACAAAAAUAACAAGGCCGCAGAAGCAAUCCUGAAACGGGAGCCGGGAGCUGCUGAGCAGAUGGACAACAAAGGACGGAAUUUCCUCCAUGUGGCUGUUCAGAAUUCCGACAUCGAGAGCGUGCUGUUCCUGAUCAGUGUCCAAGCAAAUGUGAACUCCAGGGUCCAGGAUGCCUCCAAGCUCACUCCAUUACAUCUUGCUGUGCAAGCCGGCUCGGAAAUCAUUGUGCGCAAUCUGCUGCUUGCUGGGGCCAAGGUCAAUGAACUGAACAAGCACCGCCAGACGGCCCUUCAUCUUGCCGCCCAGCAAGACCUUCCCACAAUUUGCUCGGUCCUUCUGGAGAACGGAGUAGACUUCGCAGCUGUGGAUGAAAACGGGAACAACGCCCUCCAUCUGGCAGUGAUGCAGGGGCGUCUCAACAACAUCCGUGUCCUCCUGACGGAGUGCACCGUGGAUGCAGAAGCCUUUAAUGUCAGAGGCCAGUCCCCAAUGCACAUCCUGGGGCAAUAUGGGAAAGACAACGCAGCAGCCAUCUUUGACCUCUUCUUGGAAUGCAUGCCGGAGUACCCUUUGGACAAACCGGAUGCUGAAGGGAACACAGUGCUUCUUUUGGCCUACAUGAAGGGAAACGCCAACUUGUGCCGGGCCAUUGUGAGAGCCGGAGCACGCUUGGGAGUCAACAACAACCAAGGAGUCAACAUCUUCAACUAUCAAGUUGCUACCAAACAGCUUCUCUUCAGGCUCUUAGAUAUGCUGUCCAAAGAACCUCCGUGGUGCGAUGGCUCAAAUUGCUACGAAUGCACUGCGAAGUUUGGGGUCACGACGAGGAAGCAUCACUGCCGGCACUGUGGGCGUUUGCUGUGCCACAAGUGCUCGACCAAGGAGAUCCCCAUCAUCAAGUUUGACCUGAACAAGCCAGUCCGGGUUUGCAACAUCUGCUUUGACGUUUUGACGCUGGGCGGAGUCUCCUAGUGUGGCUCGCAGGAAGGGGAGUGGCUUCCAGGCCUUGCCCCUCUCACCCUCCUGCCUUGCAGCCACUCAGUGGCAAGUCGUCUGUAAUGGAGAUGGGGAAGCUGAUAUUUGUCUUCCUGUUAACAAUGGACUUUGACUGACUUAAGGGACCACGUAAACACUAUAUUCCAGUAUAAAUGAGUAUUUUGUACAUUUGCCGAAUGUUAACCAUGGGUAAUGGCUAGAAAUUGGACCCGGAAACAAAUUGGGACUGUUGCAAAGUGAGAAAAUGAACACAAAUUGGGUUAGACCCUCCGCUUAUCAUAGUACGGGGCAUUGAAAGUGAAACUUCUUGCAUUAACUGAUCAUGUAAUACAAUAGGCCUUAGCAGGCCUUAAUGCUCUUGGAAGUCCUAUGAUGGAUCUUUUGUUAUUUUUUAAAAGAGAUUGCUAGCUCUUAUCUCUGGGUAACUCCGUGUGAUUUGCCCCUUUUUGGUUACCUUCUCCAAGAGACUGAUCCUAUUCUUGUCUAGCUUUGUCGUCAGAUGGGCAAUUCCACUGUGCACCACGAACUGCCCCUUCCAAAAACAGGGUUUUGUUUAACGCAUCGCUGAGUUUUUUUGCGUGGCCUUACAACAAAAGCUUUACAGUUUUUCCUCCUGUAGAAACAAGAACCUCAAUUACAGCUCUCGUGUCUUUGUAACUUAGGUUCUUCCCCCAACACGUUACGCACUCUCAAGUCCCAGGGGAGAAGAGGUGAGGCUGCCUUUACCAAAUUCAGUGACUGCUCCUCAAAGGGAGAAAUCCGCAUAAGCUACUGGCUCGUCUCCUUCAUAGUCAUUAUCAGUUUUGCUUGGCAAAAAUAGUCGUAUGUUUACAAUAGUGCAGGAAGUUCCGAGGGGCGGGGUUUAAAGCAGUAUGUUUGGUGCAUCGGAGCUCCUGUGGAGCAUUCUGGGUGAUGAUGCAUGGUGAAUCUGGGGAUAAGGCAGCCUGUGGUGCCCGGCAGAAAGGGGAUGUUCCCAACAACACUGGUCACUGAGGUCUUGCUCUUGCGGCUUGAGAGGCCGAGGGGAGGGGGAGGGGCAAUACUCUGGAGAUUUUCUGCACUCAGAUGGAUAGGGUGCAAGGUGUUUGCAGCUUGCCCUGUCAUGAGUUUUGUUUCAGUUCUUGACUCCAGUACAGAAGCACAUUCUUGUCACUGCAGCCCCUUUGCGAUGGUGAUCUUACAUUAGCCGUACUUUUAUAAAACACCAGAAUUGUGUCCCCCUUGAAAGGAGACUCUAAAUGAUGUAGUGACCAGCAAGCGUGACUGUUAAGAUUUGCAAACCCACCAUGUGUUUAAGUAGAAAGUUUGUUUGCCUUUUCUUUCUUUCUUUCAUUCAUUUUUUUUAAAAAGAAACAAAACCAGGAAGGAGUUUAUAGCUUAAACCUCUUUGCUGUUCCACAAACAAAUAAUUUGUGAUAUGCGUUUCUCUUACCUUUUGUAACCACUACUUUCUCAGCGCGUGGAUGUGUGUAUGUAUGGAAGGGAAGGCAGAAUAUCAUUCAUAACCGGAUCCCAUCGACCACCCUCACCCAAUACUAACUUGUCCUGUAAUGUUAUCAACUACGUAUAUAUAUAUAUAUAUGUAAAAAGAGCUGAUAUCAGAGUGCUACUUUUCUAUAUUUCUGUGAUUUAUAGGAUAUUACUGCUUUGUAUAUUAAAUGAAAAACCUGGGACCCGUGCAGUAAAAAAAAAAAAAAGCUGAUUCUUUAAGAGGGAACUCUUAAAAAUGCUAAAACAGUACAUUUCAGGAGGGAUCUGAGUUCGCUUGUCAGCCCUGUAGACUCUGUGGAAAGAAAAGCUGGAACUCCAGGCUCUUCAGCUGCAUGGCAGCAACGAAUUGCGGAGGGGCUAUGCAGAGGGGUGAUUUUUUUUGGCUUGUCAGUCUGUUCCCUCAUUCUAAAAUGGGGCUGUGUAAACGUUGAUGUUUCAACCUGCAUUUGAAAAAGGAAGGAACCAGCAUCUAACUUUAGGAGUCCUCUGAAGCAGGUGGAGAACCAGUUGUGGUACUCUGACUGGCGCUCAGAACAUUGACGUUUUCCAGAAGCACUAGCCUUCUAAUUGAUGCCACAGUCUUUAAUGGAUCAGGGCUUCUAAUAAAUUAAGCAGCUGGGUGGCUGGGUGAAAAGUGUAUGUUUCCCUCCCAGGGUUAUAACUUCACCACCACUGUUCUAAAAAGAUUGAUAACUGCAACCACUUAAUUUGCAUUGACAAGAAUUGUUCUUUCUUUUCCACUUUACCUCCCAAAGAUUUUUGAAAUCAAUUUUUCAGACUGCUGAUGUGGAGGGGCGAGGGGAAACCACAUACAACCGAACCCCGAGACAUGAUAGUCUAUGGCCUUGAUUGUCCGAGGUUAGUGGUCCACAUGUGCAUCCUUGGUCUGGAUUCAGUCUCGAUAACGUGGUUAUGAGUCUGAACUUCAGUCAAAGUCACAGUAAGAUGGGACUGUUUUGCUGGGACCGGCCUUGCGUCUGUUUGACUAAUCCAAGAAACAAGUGCAGUUCUCUUCUGAUUGGUGGUAAAUUAGACAACGAUUGACUUGCAGAAUGGCACCAGUGACUCCACAGGGCUCAGGGGAAUGGGAAGACGGAGCAUUCCUUAUGAGAUACGGUCCUCAGACAGUACAUUUUUUGGGGUGGGGGGGUGAUACUAAAUGGGCUUUGUCAGGUUGCACAAAACUAAUCACUGUAAAGCACUUUUAAUAAAAAAACAUUUAAGUCUAAACUUUA